AUGCCGCCGCCCACACCGGUUAAAAUGCUCGCCAUGCAAAGCAAUGAGCCUCGUUAUGCCGAGGCGCGCUUUCCAGCAGCAGACCACGAGAUCGAGGUCUUCUUUGGCGCAUGGCUCAUUGCAGUGCAGGGACACCAGGCCCGCGACCGCUGCUGCCAGGAACCGGAUAGCAGCGCACAUCCCCGGUCUCCUGAACCGCGGGGCAGAAAUGCUUUUGAGGAAGGGGAUUCCUCAAGGAGAGUGGAGGCUGCAUCCCGAGUCGGUUCGGAUGAUUUGGACCCGCUGCGGAAGAGCGGAGGUGGAUCUGUUCGCCACGAGCGAGAAUGCGCACUGCCCGCUGUUCUUCUCCCUGUCUCACUCCCGGCUGGAAGGGGACGCUCUGACAUCGCACUGGUUAGCAGCCAGGCUAUUUCGGUGUGCCCCGUCAGGGCUUUGAGGAUUUUCAUUGACCGUUCGGCCAGCUUUCGGCAAUCUGACCAGCUUUUCGUGUGCUACGGUGGUUGUGCGAAGUGCCUGGCCGUGUCAAAAAGGAGGCUUUUCCACUGGGUUGUGGACACUAACACGGCUGUUAUACGAGCCAAGGUUUGGAAUGUCCUUUGCACAUUAGGGCCCACUCAACAAGAGCUAUCGCCGCCUCCUGGUCGUGGUCAAGAGACCACUAAUGGACCCCUCUGCAAAGCCAGUGAUCCAGAGGCCUGCAGGAAACCUGCCUACUGUUAUAACUGCUCUAAGAAAGGACACUUCGGCCAUGAAUGCACCGAGAAGAGAAUGUAUAAUGGGACAUAUCCCACCCUGCCAUUUCUUUCCCGUUACGACACAAAGAAUGACUUCCAUUACCGGGAAAUUCGAGUUAAAAAGCAGGCCAGAGAACUUAAGCAAGCUGGAUUGAUUUCACCUGACAGAGCUGUCAUUACAUAUACCCCCCAACCACCCAGGAAGAAACAAAAAAACAGCCACAAACAGUCUCCAUACCCAUACAACACUCACACCAACAACCAGAACACGCCGAAGAGACGCAUCGCGCACACACCCAAACACACAUACUUCAACGUCAAGCAGAACUCAGAAACGCCAGGGAACCACGGCAAACACACCCCUAAGAGCAAGUUUAAACCGCAAGAUCAAAGCCAGAAUGAAGCCAAAAAGAAGAAAAAGAAAACACAAUCUGAAGUUGUUUUAGAUGAAGAUGCAGACUUUCGUAGAGGUUGCAAAAAGAGCCCUCACAAGACAAGAGACGUUUCAUCACCUCGGAAAGCCAAUGUGAAGCCGAAUAAGCCCUUUGGAAUGGAAAAGAACAAUAAAAAGGACAAACUAUCGAAAAAGAAGGAGAGGAAGUGGCAAAAGAGAGAACGAAAAGCUGCAAAAGAUUCUUCCAUGUAUCCUUCCGAUGAAAACCUUUUUCAGAUUAAGCAAAGAAAGCAUCCCUCCAGCACAACCAAUGGCAUGACGUUGGGGGCGGGGCUAUCAGUUUGGCCAACCAAUGGCAGAUGUGGGAGUGGAAACUAGUUUAAAAAGUAUUAG